AGUCGCGCGGGGACAGAGUUGGGCGCGAGCGGAAGUGACGUAGUUGUUGCACACGUGGUCCGGCGUGGUUCACGCGGGUCACUUCGGCCGGGCCUGGGAAGUUUUGAGCUCUUUCACCCGAGGUUAGCCGGACUUACCACUCCGAUCCCCGUCUCGUCGCCAAGAUGGUGAAGCCCAAGUACAAAGGACGGAGCACCAUCAACCCCUCCAAGGCCAGCACAAACCCGGAUCGAGUGCAGGGAGCAGGAGGCCAAAACAUGAGGGACCGGGCCACAAUCCGGCGCCUGAAUAUGUACAGGCAAAAGGAGCGCAGGAACAAUCGUGGUAAAGUAAUUAAGCCCCUGCAAUAUCAAUCAACGGUGGCUUCUGGCACAGUGGCAAGAGUAGAGCCAAAUAUUAAAUGGUUUGGAAACACACGUGUGAUUAAGCAGUCAUCAUUACAAAAAUUUCAAGAAGAAAUGGAUACAGUUAUGAAGGAUCCAUACAAAGUUGUCAUGAAGCAAAGCAAGUUACCAAUGUCUCUUCUCCAUGAUCGAAUCCGGCCUCAUAACUCGAAGGUGCACAUUCUUGAUACUGAAAGUUUUGAAACUACAUUUGGCCCUAAGUCACAAAGGAAGCGACCAAACUUAUUUGCAAGUGAUAUGCAGUCUCUUCUAGAAAAUGCUGAAAUGUCCACUGACAGCUAUGACCGGAACAAAGAUCGAGAUUUGGUCACUGAAGACACUGGUGUGAGGAAUGAAGCCCAAGAAGAGAUAUAUAAAAAGGGACAGUCCAAAAGAAUAUGGGGUGAGCUGUACAAGGUGAUAGAUUCAUCAGAUGUUGUAGUUCAAGUUCUUGAUGCUAGAGAUCCAAUGGGUACUCGUUCCCCUCACAUUGAGACUUACUUGAAGAAGGAAAAACCCUGGAAACACCUCAUUUUUGUUCUUAACAAAUGUGACCUUGUUCCAUCCUGGGCAACAAAACGAUGGGUUGCUGUUCUCUCCCAGGAUUACCCAACACUUGCUUUCCAUGCAAGUCUCACCAACCCCUUUGGCAAAGGGGCAUUCAUUCAGCUGCUGCGGCAGUUUGGAAAGUUGCACACUGACAAGAAGCAGAUCAGUGUCGGGUUCAUUGGCUAUCCAAAUGUUGGCAAGAGCUCUGUGAUAAACACAUUGCGUUCCAAGAAAGUUUGCAACGUGGCCCCCAUUGCAGGUGAAACGAAGGUCUGGCAGUAUAUUACCUUGAUGCGUCGGAUAUUCUUGAUUGACUGCCCAGGUGUGGUUUACCCGUCUGAGGACUCCGAGACAGACAUCGUGCUAAAAGGAGUUGUUCAAGUGGAAAAAAUUAAGACUCCCGAAGACCACAUUGGUGCUAUACUUGAACGAGCAAAGCCAGAAUAUAUCAGCAAGACGUACAAGAUUGAUUCUUGGGAGAAUGCUGAGGACUUUCUUGAGAAGCUAGCUUUCCGGACGGGGAAGUUACUAAAGGGAGGAGAGCCUGACUUGCAGACCGUGGGUAAGAUGGUUCUCAAUGACUGGCAGAGGGGCCGGAUUCCUUUCUUUGUCAAGCCGCCCGAUGCAGAGCCACCUGCGGCCCCCCAGCUUCCACCAUCCUCGUCUUUGGAAGUUGCCACAGAAACAACCAAGAACAAUCCAGAAGAGGAAGUCACAGACACUGUAGGUGAAGGGGCAGAAUCUGUCACCGAGAAAGAAAAACAAGAAAACAGUCACUGCGAUGCUAACUCUGAGAUGCAACAGAUUCUUGCACGGGUUCGGCAGAACUUUGGCAAAAUCAACGUUGUGCCUCAGUUUUCUGGGGAUGACCUAGUUCCUGUGGAGAUGUCAGAUCUGGAGGAAGAGCUUGAGAACUUUUCUGCUGAAGAGGAGGAGGAGGAACAGGAGCAACAAGAAGAUAGCGAGGAAGAAUCUUACCAGGAGUCCCAGGAAGAUCAUAUGGAAAACAGCACUAAAGCAGUUAUUAAAGCCCUCGAUGAAAAGAUUGCUAAAUAUCAGAAGUUUUUAGACAAAGCCAAAGCUAAAAAGUUUUCAGCAGUCAGAAUAUGCAAGGGGCUGAGUGAAAAGGUAUUUGCAAAACCUGAAGAACAAAGAAAAACAUCUGAAGAAGAUGUAGAUGAUACAGCACCUACCAGAAAGGGAAGGAAGCGGAAGGCACAGAGGGAAGAAGAACAACGUUCAGAUAAAACCCGCAGGACGCUUACAUCUAAGGAACGGAGGCGAGCAGUGCGGCAGCAGCAAUCCAAAAAAGUCGGUGUACGCUACUACGAGACACACAAUGUGAAAAACAGGAACAGGAACAAAAAGAAGACCAAUGAUUCAGAGGGACAGAAAAACAAACAGAAAAAAUUCAGACAUAAGCAGUAACGUUUACAAAGUUGUUUAUUAAAUUAUACAAAAAUAUGCAA